AUGAAUAAGAAAACUAAGACUUGUCGAGAACUUGACAGUAAUGAUUUCAAAGCUCUAGUUUUUGAGUUCAUGGCUAAUGGAAGUCUAGAAAACUGGUUGCAUCCUACUGCAAAUAACAUAAAUAAGGACGAUCAACUACAUCUUAAUAAUUUGGACUUCGAGAGAAGACUGAGCAUUGCAGUUGAUGUUGCUUCUGCACUAAAUUAUCUUCACCAUGAAUGUCAAUCUCCAAUUGUUCAUUGUGAUCUAAAACCAAGCAAUGUCCUUCUCGAUGAUGAUCUAGUUGCCCAUGUGGGAGAUUUUGUCCUGGCUAAGUUCAUUUCAAUUUCUUCAAAAUAUGGAAUGAGCGGAGAAGUCUCUACACAAGGAGAUGUGUUUAGUUAUGGGAUACUUGUAUUAGAGAUGUUUACAGGAAAGAGACCAACUGAUGACAUGUUUAAGGAUGGCUUAAAAUUUCAUAACUUUUGUAAGAUGUACGCAUCGCCAGAGCACGUUGAGGAGAUUAUUGAUUCAUGUUUAUUUUUAGAUGUAGAAGAAAAACAUCAUGAUGAUGAUGCAAUGAUCAAUUACGAUAUGCCAGAAAUCAAAAGAGUACAUUUAUCAAGAGAUAAAAUGAGACAAAUCCUAGCUUCUAUAAUUCAGAUUGGAGUCGAAUGUUCUCCCGUGUUACUUUCAGAUAGAAGCAGCAUGACUGAAGUUAUUGUUGAAGUACAAGCAGUUAAGAAUCAGUAUCUUGGUGAACAUGGUACAUUUGAACAAGCUGAACAAGGUACUGGUGAACAGGGUACAUGUGAACAAGCUGAACACGGUACAUGUGAAAAAGGUCAGGAUGAUGAUCUUAAAAAAAGACAACAAAUUGAGGAUGCAAAAAUUAAGCUUGUCCUAAGGAAGUGGAAAAGGAAUUCUUCGAAACAGAAACAGGAACGCGAACAAAUUGAGGCUGCAAAACGUAAGGUUGUCCUAAGGGUCCUAAUAUACCAUAUAUGCAUAUAA